AUGUCGAACUUUGAUUUCCAGCCUUGGUCCCAAGGACGAGACAGCUCGUCGUCGAGCCAAGAUCUGCUGCCCUCCGGCACCUUCGGCGCUCAACUGAGUGCAACAGUGACUGUCACGUCAAUAGAAAUACAAUCCAGCUCCACGCCCGCUGCGACUGGGGGAAACACACCUGGUUCUAACUCAGCUGGCAUCUCGGGAAAUUCGGCCAACGCCACCGCAUCGCCCAAUAUCACAGCCUCUCCCGACAACCGCGGCGGCUCCGAGUCAUCAGAUGGGAACCGCACAACUGUCAUCGUCCUCAGUACAGUGUUGUCGGUUGUCGGUGUUGUACUGGUCGUAGGAGCCGCUCUCGUGUGUCUACGGUGCCGUCGGAGACGGUCGAAGCUUUUCAGACGUGGAAUCACGCCCAUUGAUGACGAUGAGAUCGAAACUUGGAAGAACAAACGUCAUGAGAAGGAGCUAGGCGACGAUGCUGAGCCGACAGCCUAUGCUGACAAUAACGGACAUGUUAAGCACGUAUCAGUCAGCUCUACCAGGAAGUCGACCAGCGUGAUUGUCUACUCCAACACUCGCAGAUCUGAGGAGCGUUCGCCCAGGUCUCCACGAACGCAGUAUCACUAUGGGAAAAGAAGUCUUGAUGGACGGAAGAUCAGUCUUGACAAAGAAUUACCACAAACGCCAAUACAAGCGAGGGCACCGAAUGCUCGGGAGGGCCUCACAGAUGACGCAGUUCCCGGAGACGACCCUUUCAUUCAUUAUCCUAAGCGGCAAGCUUCGCGCCUAUCCAAGAUGCCUCCCAACCCUCAACAGCCUAGACAUGCGCACACGCGGACGCGGUCGAGCUUCAGUCUGCGCAGCCUCGGCGAUCACUUCAGGGGCUACGACUCUGAUGUCGAAUUGACGCCGCGAACUUCCCAUGAUCACCAUGACUACCAGGGGAGACCUUCCCAUGAGCGACAUUCUCGUGUGUUCUCGUCGUCGUCGAUACCGCCAAGGCUAUCACUCUCGAACGAUUGGCCUGGGUCGACGCCACUACACCAGGAUAUGAUCGGACGAGCGAUCGGUUGA